CAGUCUUAGAAGUCAGUCAGUCAUUAGAUAUUGUAAAAUAAUCCAACAUGUCUCGUCUGGGGAUGCUCGUCUGUUUGAUGGUAUUGGUGGCUUUAGCUGCCAGCGCGGAGAUGCCUCCUAACAUGAAGACCUCGGAGCCGCCCAAGGAUGCACCCCGACACGACCAGCAAGUUCCACCAGCUCGUCCCGAAGGUCAUCCCGACCAAUCCCGAACAGACGGCAGACUAGACCUGCCCAAGGAGUUGCCCAAAACGGACGCUAAGCCAACCCAAGAUGGAAAAAGUUAAAUAAUAAUGUAUCAAGACCUUUUUAUAGACCAAAGCACACCGAUUUCAUUUAUUUUUUGUACUGCAAACAUAUCUAUGUACUAGUUUUACUUUUAUAGAGCAU